UUUGUGUUGUCAGGCAGAAACACUCAGUAGUCAGGGUGGCGCGUGUUUUCAGACAGGCACCCGGGCGGCUCACACAAUUAGACAAUAGCUAGAAAUUUCUCCGUUUUCUCUGGAGUAGCUGGCUAUUGUCAAGUCACUUCUUUUUUUUUUUACCCCCGUUUUGUUACAAUGUCUCUGGGAGUGGAGUCUGGAUUCUCGAGCGAGGAGGUGCUGAACAGCCGCUUCCCUCUCCACCGGGCUUGCAGAGAUGGAGACGUUGGUGCCUUGUGCUCGCUCCUUCAGUGCACCUCAAACCCUGCUGACCUUACGGUUGAGGACACUUUCUAUGGCUGGACGCCCAUACACUGGGCCGCUCACUUCGGAAAGCUGGAGUGUGUGAUGCGUCUGGUUCAAGUGGGCUGCGGCGUGAACAACGUCACCUCCAGGUUUGCACAGACGCCCACUCACAUCGCUGCCUUCGGGGGCCACCCUGAGUGUUUGCUAUGGCUACUUCAAGCUGGUGCAGAUAUUAACAGACAGGACUAUGUGGGCGAGACGCCCAUCCACAAGGCUGCUCGAGCGGGCAGUCUGGAUUGCAUCAAUGCUCUCUUGAUUCAGGGAGCGAAAGCUGACAUGAGGAAUGCCAAUGGGCUGACGGCUGCUGACCUGGCCCACGCACAGGGAUUCCAGGAGUGCGCUCAAAUGCUCGCCAAUGCCCAGAACCUACAGCAAAACAUGGCGCAGUCCCUUAACGGGGCUUAUUUGAAUGGCGUGACCCAAAACGGGGGCCGUGCCCACGCCACCAUCCAGGGACGCAGCUUCUUGAAUGGUGUACCCAACAGGAAGAGGUCCUUUGAAGGCAUCGAGGCGAACCCAUUGAAAAAGUACAGACCCAAUGGACUGUCCGUGGCAGCUGGACCGCAGAACGGUAGCGGGCCACCAGGUGGCCCCGGCGAAGCCCAGAUGGAGAGCAUGAACAUGGAGAUGGCACCAGCUGUAACCUCAGUGGCAGGUGAGAGGCACUCCGGGGAUUUUUCCUCAAGUAGCCCAACAACAGGAAUGCUCCUUGGUCAGCACAUCUACAGUGAGCUCAGUAGCAGUGUUGGCAGCCAGGUGGAGCAUCAGAAGUCUGUCAAAGCAGAGCAGAUGUAUGACCAUACCCUCUACAGCACCAUGCUUCUUUACCACGGAUGCUAAAGUGACGAGAAUGUAGAUUGAUUUUAAGCAUUCAUCUGCCUUGAAGCCACUGAGUGGUCAUGUUUAGGUUUUUUUUUUUUUUUUUUUUUAAGUUUUUUGUAAACAGGAUAUAUAUGGACACAUGAAUGAAUCAUAAUUUUUUUUUGUCAAACACCUAAAAGGUUGUUAAGCCUAUGUGUUUGGUAAUGUUGCCUGUGGUCUUCAUAAAACUAAAGGAUCCAUGAUGAAGCACUGCCAACACUACAGAUAGGUUUGUUUCAAGUUGAUUUUACCUAAACCAGUUUAAAUACAUUACGGUAAUUGUAUAUCAAUACAGAAUUAAAGAGUUUUGCAAACGUU